AUGCCUUCCUUCGAUGGCAUUCAUUCAAGCAUUGCAAGACCAGCAAUUGAGGCCAACAAUUUUCAUGUAGACUCGGCUACCAUGCAAGCCAUCAAAGAGAAUAAAUUCAAUUGUCUUCCAACUAAAGAUCCAAACGGUCACUUGAGGAACUUUCUAGAGUAUGUGGAUAAUUUCAAGACUAAUGAUGUUUCUAAAAAUACCAUUAGGUUAUGGCUUUUUAGUAGAUCUCUGGAUGGAAGAGCAAGAGAAUGGCUAGACUUGCUACCAAAGAAUUCUAUCACUAGCUGGAAUCAACUUGUAGAGAAGUUUUUGAACAAGCAUUUCUCUCAUGCAAAGACUAAAAUAUUGAUUAGAUAG